CGGGGAACAUCAUUAUUAACGUCCCCCCACCUCUGGUCUGCCACAACCCGCAAAAUGAGUAAAUAAAUGUAUUCAAGAGUGCUAAAAAGGGGAAGAACUGAUACUGCAGUAAUUCGAGGAAAGACGCAGGAAAGCAGAUCAUCGGGGUGUGUGUGUGUGUGUGUGUGUGUGUCACUUAACUGUGACUGGGUCGGUCUGACAAUAUUAGCAGCUAUAUAUAUAUUAAGCUACAUCAGUGCUUAAUGACUCAAUGCAAGACAAAAAACAGCAACCCAGCAGAUUUAUCAUUGGAUGGGGUGGGAGUGGGGCUUAGAUAAUUAAAGCUUUCCAUGUGUGAACUCUUAUUAUUUUAAUAAUUAAUUAAUGACAUUUAUAUACUGUCCUAUCUAAAGGCUUUGGGUGAUCCUAACAAAUUCGGGCAAUCUUCAUUGAGACAUUGGAUAAGGAACCUAGGAAGCUGCCAUAUACUGAGUCAGACCCUUGGUCCAUCCAGCUCAGUAUUGCCUACCCAGGCUGGCAGCAGCUUCUCCGGGGUGGCAGGCAGGAGUCUCUCUCAGCCAUAUCUUGGAGAUGCUGCCAGGAAAGGAACCUAUUUACUUAUUUUACACUUAUAUCUCGCUUUUCCUCCGAGGAGCUCAAAACGGUGUACAUGGUUAUGUUUAUUCUUACAACAACCCUGUGAGGUAGGUUAGGCUGAGAGAUUCGUGACUUGCCCAGAGUCACCCAGUGAGUUUCAGGGCUGAAAGGGGAUUUGAACUCAGGUCUCCCUGGUCCUGGUCCAACACUCUAACCACUACACCAUGCUGGAACCUCCUGCAUGCAACCUUCCUUGAUAGCUUAUUCAAUAUCUGUCUAAUAUUUGUUGGAGAUUUUAAUUGAACCCUUCGUGGACAAAUGCGGACCUUGUGGUCCUAAACCCGCUGCCAGGACAGUGCUACACAAAACGAUACCUGACCUAUGUUUGAAAGCCAUCUGGAGGCUGAUGUGCCCUAAAGGUAGGGAAUAUAGGUGGUGGUGGUGGUUGUUGUUAUGAUUAUUAUUUACAUUUUAUAUCCUGCUCUUCCUCCAAGGAGCCCAGACUAAGUACUACAUACUUAGGUUUCUCCUCACUAGGUUCAUUUCUCCUCUCUGCCAACCACGUUCCAGAAUGAAUGAUUCUCGCCAGUCUGUACAGUUUCCGGGUAUAAUUCAAGGUGCUGGUUAUUACCUUUAAAAGCCCUCAAUGGCUUGGGCCUCGGGUACCUUAAGGACCACCCGCUUCUGUCUGAAUCUGUCUUCCCCCUGAGUAGAUCGGCUGGGAGGCCUUUGCUCCGUGUGCCCACACCUGCUGGGGCUUGGCUCUCGAGCAGACGGGACAGGGCCUUCUCGGUGCUUGCCCCCAGGCUGUGGCACCCGCUCUCAGCUGAGCCCGGCAUGGCUCCCAGCCUUCAGGAGGGAAGUGGAGACUGCCCUUUUCAUUCAGGCCUUUGGUCAAUGAACUCUCCCUGCUCAUUUAAAAUGUUUAGCUACCUUCUAUUUUUAUGGGGUUUUAAAAAAAAAUUGAGUUCUAUUGUUUCAGCCUGUGCUUCUGUUUGUGUUAUUGAAUUGCAUUGUUUUAUCCGUGUUGUUAACUGCCGUGGGGUCUUAGCACAAAGGGUGGGAUCUAAAUAUAAAGAAAUCAAAUCAAAACAAACUUCCUUGGAAAAGAAGAGACACUGGAUUGCCCAAGAUAGGGCCAGGUUUGCGAGUGGAUUUGUUGAACGCUCCCCACUGGGCGUGUCUUCCCUGCUAAUUCCACCUGGGAAGAGUUGUUAUUCUGCUGCGAGACCACACAUGCUGAACUCUGCCGUUUGGCAGCAGUUGCUGGAAACAUCCUGGCUCUUGGCUUUAUUUCUUGUGGCUUGGCUUGAUCUAAAGACCUGGGAGAUUUAGCUUGUAAUAACCUGGGGGGUGUUGGGGGGGGGAGGAAGGAGAAACACCCCUAUUUUGCAAUUAUUGGCAGGAGAAUAUGGCAGAGGAGGUUGGAAGAGGCAGGCGGUGGGAAAGAAGAGCUCUCUUGCGGAGGAAAUGUGAAGUCCCUGAAUUUUGUGUUUGCAUUGGAUUGUGAAAUGGGGGGGAAACGUGUCUUUACAAAUGAGUCCAUCUCCGCCACGGAAACCCGUAGCUGAAUACGUGAGAGGCCGCAAAAUAGCAGCUCAGGGGACCAGAGGAAACAAAAGCGAUGCUCUCCCGUGCUGGCUAGCGCACGACUAGGGAAGUGGCAGCUCUGGGGGUAUAUAGAUAAGCCGGAGGAGAAGUUGGGCAGUCAAACUUCCUGGGAGGUCUUUGUUGCGGGUCCCGCGAACGGGCCGAGAGGCUUUCCUGGAGGAAAUCAGAACCGUCCAGGAGAACUGCAAGGCCUUGACCAGGUGUGGAACCAAAGGGAAACAGGGCCAGAGCUUUAAUUUGCUGAGAUGGAGCCAUUUCUCCCUCUCUCUGUGUGUGUGAGUGUGUGUGAGAGAGAGAUGUGAUACUUUUCUCUAAUAGGCAGACUUGUGAAUUGGGGCGCAGUGAAGGAUAGGAGUGUCUUACUCCAGGGGUGCACAACUCAAAUGCCCCGCUGGGCUGAAACCAACCGUGACUUGGCCUGCGGGGGCCCAGGCCAAAUUUAAAACAAACAACACCGUUAAAGAAUUAAGCAAUAGUUAAUAGUUUAAUAAUUUAAAGUAAUUCAUAAUGGUGAUUGUCUUUAUUUUUACAUUCAACUUCCCUCCCCCCACCCCGGCAGCCCACAUCCCCUCACGAUCCCAGUGGCCCGGCUGUCCGCUGGCGGAGGGACGGGGGGCAGGAGUGGCGGCAAGGUGGCCCGGGGCUAUGAGCCCCUCUGCUGCUUCUGGGGCUGGGAGCUGGCCCUGGCGAGUGGGCGGGGGGGGAGGGUGGCCGACGCGGUGGCGAGGGGGCCCACUGCUGUGAGAGAUUGGGGAGGGAUGUGCCAAUGCCUCGUCGGCAAACCGCUCUGCUGCCACCUGGGCCAGGAGACUGGUGGGAAUGAGGGCCGGCAUGCACCCUCGCUCCCCAUCAGUGCACAGACAUGCCUUCAUUCUCGGAAAGCUCCCAGGCCUGGCAGCAGCAGAGGAACUUGGGAGCAGGGGCGUAACGAUAGGGGGGCGGGGGGGGGGCACGUGCCCCAGGCGCCACUUGGCAGGGGGCGCCAAAAAGUGCCCCCACUAAUCCCCUGCCUUUGGCAAAAAAGAUUUUUUGUGUGAUUUUUUUUCUCAUUACGGAGAUCUCCGGCGGGCGGGAGCUCCCAUUGGCUGCCGGAGAACACAUGCCGACCAUGCUGGUUGUCUCAGUUCCUCCCUCCCUGCUUGCUGCACGCACGAGGAGGAGCGGAGCAGCUUGGUUUAGUUGAGAGCGCAGCUGCUGCUGGGGACCUUCUCUGACUCGGCCUGCCUGCCGUUUGCCCACCACACUGCCCUCUGGCUGCAUUUUAUUCUUCUGUUCUGCUUCUGCAUUAACAAAAUCCUACUGCCUCCUGCAAACAGCCCCACGCAGACGAGGAGACCCUUAGAACUGUCAUCAUGGUUUCGCAAGAUAAGGACACUCUGUAUGGCACCUGGAAUGGACCAUCUGGGAGCACCAAUGGACCAUCUGGGAGCACCAAUGAAUGGGUGCCACCUGAAGACGUAGAUCCUACUGCCUCCUGCAAACAGCCCCACGCAGACGAGGAGACCCUUAGAACUGUCAUCAUGGUUUCGCAAGAUCCUACUGCCUCCUGCAAACAGCCCCACGCAGACGAGGAGACCCUUAGAACUGUCAUCAUGGUUUCGCAAGAUCCUACUGCCUCCUGCAAACAGCCCCACGCAGACGAGGAGACCCUUAGAACUGUCAUCAUGGUUUCGCAAGAUAAGGACACUCUGUAUCUUGGCCCAUCUGGGAGCACCAAUGGACCAUCUGGGAGCACCAAUGAAUGGGUGCCACCUGAAGACGUAGGUAAGAUCCUUGGUAGUGUACAGGCAGCAACAGGCGCUCUGGACCCUUGCCCUUCAUGGCGAGUAAAAUCUGCCAGGGAAAGAACAGGUAGGUGGUUAGAGCCAAUUAUUAAUGAGAGAGCAAGAUGCCACUGAGCCUCAAGGAGGCAGUGGUAAGAUCAUUAUCUAUCUAUCUAUCUAUCU